CCUUUCUGUUGUAAAUAACUUUGGUCCAAAAUAAUUAAUGCCAAUCGUCGCAGUGUUUAUGCUAUAAUUAUAUCAGUGGUCCUCAAUGUUUCUAGUAAAUUCCGCCACUGCAAUAUCAAUCAAAGCUGUAAUCAGAGGAAUAAAUUUUUGAACCAACUGAAAAAAUUUGAUAACCUAAUCAGAAAUCAUCACAAAGGAACAAAACGUCGCCGAAUCAAACCAUCAGAGAUUUAACUAAGUCCUACAUAUUAUCAUCAAUGGCAGAAGCAACCAAGAGGUAUGCGGUGGUGACCGGAGGAAACAAAGGGAUUGGAUUUGGAAUCUGUAAGCAGCUGGCUUCUAAUGGAAUUAUUGUAAUAUUAACUGCUAGAGAUGAAAAGAGAGGGCUUGAAGCUGUUCAGAAACUCAAAGACUCCGGUCUCUCUGAUUACGUGGUGUUUCAUCAGCUUGAUGUUGCUGAUCCUGAUAGUAUCUCUGUUUUGGCUGAUUUCGUAAAAACGCAAUUCCGAAAAUUAGAUAUUCUGGUGAACAAUGCAGGAAUAGGUGGAGUUGAAGCAGAUGCUGAUGCUGUAAGAGCUUCUAUAUCAAGAAGUGAAGGAGCACCCAUUAACUGGCACGAAUUACUAGUUCAAACUUGCAAAUCAGCUGAAGAAUGCAUAAAAAUAAACUAUUAUGGUGCCAAGAGAAUGAUUGAGGCACUUACGCCCCUGCUCCAAUUAUCUGAUUCGCCAAGAAUCGUUAACGUCUCGUCUUCUAUGGGCAAGUUGAAGAAUGUAUCGAACGAAUGGGCUAAAGAGGUGUUGAGUGAUGCUGACAGCCUUUCGGAGGAGAGGAUCGAUGAGGUGUUGAGCAAGUUUCUAGAAGAUUUUAAGGAGGGUUCACACGUAAGCAAAGGCUGGCCUGCAAAUAUGUCUGCCUAUAUACUAUCAAAAGCAGCUAUGAAUGCCUAUACACGUAUCAUCGCCAAGAAGUUUCCAACUUUCCAUAUCAACUGUGUCUGCCCUGGCUAUGUCAAAACAGAUGUUAACUUUAAUACCGGAAAGUUAUCAGUCGACGAAGGAGCUGAAAGUCCAGUGAGAUUGGCACUAUUGCCCAAUGAUGGUCCUUCUGGUUGCUUCUUUGAUAGGAAGGAGGAGUCACCUUUUUGAUCAGACAGGAAUUAGAUGCAACAAAUUUUUAUUUAAAGAAAAUUUCAGUAAACUCUUCUAGUUAACAUCUAGCGACAUGAAAGCGUUGCCAGAAAAGUAGAAACCGUGAAUUAUUCAGCGACGCUUAAUUUUUGUUUCUGUCAUGUAUAGUUACAUUUUUGAAAAAGGACAAAAACAAAAGGAAAACUGUUCUAUAUUCAUGACAAAAUUGUCGUUAAAGCAAAACGUUCGUCGUUA